GCCUUCCUCCUUUGUUUGUAUCUCCUAAAGUUAACGUGACAGUAGGUUGGCUAUAUUUGAGGAUAGGCUUACACUAAAGCAAGCUUUUUGCGCUGCUUUACAGUCGUAGUUCUUUAAACCUCACUCAAUUAAUUAUAUUGACCGUCUUAUUGAACAACAAAACAUUGAUUUGGAGUUGGAAUAACUCUGAACUUCUUGCAGUAUAACUAUUAGAGUUGCAUCUCGACUAAAUAGCAAACAUGGUUGCUAUGCCAAAGAGAUUGAAGACUUUCGAGGUCAUUUUCAGCGAUGCUAGCAAGGCUUUCUACUGCAGUGGAGACAAAGUAGCCGGGAGGAUCGUGGUGGAAGUAUCGGAGGUGACCAGAGUCUCGGCUAUGAGGGUGCUCGGAGUUGGAUGCGCUAAAGUGGAAUAUGCCAAAGGAAAGCAGAAAUGCAGAGAGGAGAAUGAGUACUUGAGAUACGAAGAAGUUGUUCAACUUGUUGACCAGCCAGCUGAUCAUGAUGGAUCAGUUGUCCUUAGACCUGGCAACAAGUACGAGUACAUGUUUGGAUUUGAACUUCCCCAGCAAGGGCAGAUUGUGUCUUCCUACAAGGGCAAGUUUGGCUAUGUCCAGUACUUCGUCAAGGCCUUGAUGGAGAGGCCUGCUCAGCCUGCCCUGGAGUGCAAGAAGCACUUUGAGGUGGAGGAGCCCCUGGAUGUGAACACCCCAGAUCUGCUGUCUCCUACAGGCGGCAUGAAGGAGAAAAAGGUCACCUGCAUGUUCAUUCCCGACGGCCAGGUGUCCCUCAACGCCAAGAUCGAUCGCAAGGGGUUCUGUGAGGGCGAAGACAUCUGCAUCUGUGCCAAGUUUGAGAACACCUGCUCACGUAUUGUGGUGCCCAAGGCAGCCAUCAUCUCCAAGCACACCUACCAGGCCAAUGGUAGGACAAAGGUCUUCCGUCAGAAGCUUUCCUCUGUGCGUGGCAACCACAUCAUCUCCGGUAUGUGCGACGCCUGGCAGGGCAAGACCAUCCGUGUGCCCAAGAUCAAGCCCUCCAUGCUGGACUGCAAUAUCAUCCGUGUGGAGUACGCCCUCAUGAUCUACAUGCACAUCCCAGGCAGCGAGAAGCUGAUCCUGGAGCUGCCGCUGGUCAUCGGCACAGCCGGCCUGGGCAGCCGCACCAACAGCGUGAGCAGCACAGACGGCUCGGUCAGCAAUGCCUCAGCCAGCUGGGUGUCCCUGCGCAUGCCCUCUGCUCCCCCCAGCUACUGCGAUGUCACCCGCGACUGCCGCCUGGAUCAGCCACUCACACCCCUGCUGAAUGACUACGACGGCGAUGACAGCCCCAUCUUCAUGCACUCCUCAGCCUUCCAGUUCCCACCCCUGCCUGCCUACUCUGAGGUUGAUGAGGAGUUCAAUGGCAACACUCGCAUGCUGCAGGUCUGCUGAAAUACCUCAGCACUUCCAGAACUCUGGUCCACUGUACAAGGGCCACUUCUGGCACUUAGCUCACUUGAAAAGGAGCAGAAUACAAUAUUUCCAAACGAAUGGAGAAGUGUUGGACGGACUUUGGGAAGUGAUGUGGUGUCUGGUAUCGGAGCKGGCCCUGCAUCGAGAAAAGAGGAUGUGAAGGUCAUGAGGCAAGAGGCUGAAGUCUUUCUUGUGCCGGCGCAGUCGGCCAUCUUUGCAGCACCACCUAAGUGGAUCUUGUUCUGUUUCCUCCUGGACUGUUGCUGUUCAGGUUUCUGCGCCUGAGCAUGACACUGCAGACUUCAUGGUUUGCGACGUCUUGGUGUGAAUAAGCUGCUCCUUCCAAUACCCUCAAUGUUCUUAAUACAUAAGAUGACUGUUAAGAAAUGAAGAGGGAUCUGCUAGUCCUUUAUAAACCAUGUGAUCUCCAUGAGUUUCCCACUGGGGCCAAGCAUUUGUUGACAAGUCCCCGACUGACUAUGAAUAAGCUCUUUGCUUGUUGGGUGUCUGUUCUUCAUGGCGUUUAGUCAUUCCAUAUAAUUCCUGUAUUUCACAAAUGUGGGAUUUCAUCUGAGGAGCCAUAUUUUUUUUCUAAUGAUAUUUCUUCUAAAAUAAAAGCAAUCAACUGUGUUAGAACAUGUUGAAUAUAUCUUCCCAAGGACAAUCAUGCAGAGUUCUAUAUUCUGUACCAGUGUCUUCUAUGGCAUUGCAUUUUUCUUAUGGAUGCAUAUUGCUCUAACCGCCUACAGGAGAUCUCGUGGUUUAGAUUUGUCUCCCGUGUUGUGUUGGGAGUCUCCAACUCAACCACCGAUAUAUUGUGGUAUCACCUCCAUAUUAGCAAGGGCUCAUUGUUUUGUAUUUCAAAUGAGGGCUGAAUCACAAGACAAACGGGUGUAUUUUGUGCAUAAGACAUCACGGAAAUGCACCUUGGGUGACAAUAAUAWUGACAAUAUAUUUGGGUUUAUCUUAAAGCGUUUCACUGUGGGAUGCCUAAACUGAAUAAAUGUUGUAAAACUGAUCUCUGAGAAUGCAAUGCAUCUUUUAUAUUUUGUGCAUAUUGUAAAUGGAAAUUAUCUUUUGUAUGAGACUGUUUUCUAUAAAUAAAAAGUUGCACUAAA